AUGAUGCCAAACUUUCAGGUAGGACAAUCUUUACCUUUUCUCCCUUUUUCGGUUAUUCGUAUAGGUGGCCUUAAUAGUUCCGUCAUUCUUACCACCCUCGACUACAACAACUACACAGGUAAGCUGCUUUCUUACCUAGAGCCAGUCCUCCUGAGUUCAGAGUGGAGCAGGUUUGUGAAGUGUUGGCACGCUAAGACUGACGGCUGGGCGGCAUCGACAUUCCACAGCAACUGCGAUGGGAGGGGACCAACAGUGACAAUCAUCAGAGUGAACGAUUACAUAUUUGGUGGAUAUACUGAUGUGUCCUGGAGCGGAGCUAGUUCUUGUGCGGGUUUUUCUUACGCCAGUAAAGCUUUCAUCUUCUCUCUCUAUAACGUCAAAGGAUAUAAUCCCGUUAAGUUGACACAAUACCGAAAUCAGGAAUAUGCAAUAUACAGAUGUAAUACGCGUGGACCCACCUUUGGCAGGGGGUGUGGUCAUGAUAUCUACAUAUCCGAGGACUCCGGAAACAACCAAAAAUCCUACACCAAAUGCGGUUGCACGUACACGACACCCUCAGGAUACUCAAAUGGUAACUGUAGUUUUUUUACAGGGGAGUCUAAUUUCUCCCCAACGGACGUCGAAGUAUUCUAUGAAGCAGGUAAUUAA